AGAAAAUAUCUUUUGAGCUUGUUUAAUUUAUAUUAGAGAAUAAUGAUGGCUGCUUUUGUGUUUAGCUUUGUGAUUUUCUCAGCCUUUGCUGCCUCUUCAGUUGCAGCCUAUUGCGUGUGCAAAUCAGGGCUGAGCGACAGCGUGCUGCAGAAAACCCUCGAUUACGCUUGCGGAAACGGAGCUGAUUGCUCGGCAAUCCUCCCAACUGGGAGGUGUUUCAAUCCAAACACCCUCCAAGAUCACUGCAGUUAUGCUGUUAAUAGCUAUUAUCAGCUGAAAUUGCAACUUGGUGCAACUUGUGAUUUUCAAGGAGCUGCUGCACCUUCUCAAUCUGCCCUUUAG